CAGCAACUUGUGACCCAGGAACAGCAGCAGGCCAUCACACUACAGCAGCAGUGGGCAGCCCUUCGACAGCAACACUUACAGCGCCUACAGAACAGACCGGAGGUGCCGGGAGGGGAGGGAGAUCAGAGUCAGGAGGAUGAAAGCACCUCCCAACUUUGGUGCGCAGGAUAUAUGAGGAUAUAGGGCCCGAGGAGGGCUUCAGGCCGGGGCGGGCACACAUCAACAAUGAAGAAGUCCGGCUCCGUGUGGCCCGACCCCGCCCUGCAGCAGCAGAUGCGCCAGCUGUACGCCCAGCAGCACGCCAAGAACCUCAUCGCCAGUCUGAAGUCACGCCAGGUCGUCCUGCAUCAGCGCCAUCAGGAACUCCUGGCAUAUGAGCAAAGAAAACCACCCCCACCCACUGACGUUCCUGUCCACGAAGGGUUCGGAGCCCCCCUGACUCCUCCCCAGUCCACACCACCCAUUCAUCACCCAGAAGCUUCUGCAAAGAAACCUCCCUCUGAGUCAACCAACCAGCAGCCGCAUGAUGACAUCCCCACCAAUCAGCAAGCACCGAUCCAAACUGCCGUAAGUGCACCUGUGCAGCUUCAGGUGGUUCACUCCCCACCCUCCAACAUCAGCCCACAGAGGAAAGCUGCAACGCAACCAACAAAUCGGAAAUCUCAAGUCUUGAUGACAGACAUUGAUGAAACUCUGACUGAGGCACCUGUGCGUCCGUCAGCCAGCCCGCAGCGCCCAGUCAGCCUGUUAAAAAGUGCUGCCCACGACCCUCCACAAAACACUGCCCACAUAAGUAGUGAUCAACCUCCCCAGAAACAGGCUAAUAGCCAGACAAAACGGAGAGAGGCAGCAGCCGUGCAAGGGAAAAAAGAGGACGGCGAUGAGCCGCAGUCUCCGGUAAAAGUGUUGGCUCAGAAGUUUGAAAUGCGGGUUAUGGAGCAAUCCAACGAGGUCCAGAGGACGGCCCUGCAUCAGCAGCAGAGUAGGCAUAGUUAUUCCGCAACCGAGAACUCCUGUCAGUCUUCCUUCCAGAGGAACGCUCCCAAAUAUUCCACCAUGCCAAGAAAAAAGCCAACAGAGGAGCCAGAAAGACUCGAUAGCCAUGACCGGGAGAUGAUGGUGGCACCUCAGAGGAUGCCUCCAGGACAACCUCAGAAGGCAACCGCCAAGAAACAGGUGGGGUUUUCCAAACCCGGAUGGAACUCCCAGAAUGCACAGGGAAGGGUCCCGGGAGUUCGCGAGCCUCGGUACGACGUCCCGCCCAAUGUUGACUGGCACGAGAUUCGCUACCCUGGAACGACGUCCACCCAUCGCCAGCCAAUGAAAAAUCCGCUGACCAGCGAGCUUAAGCAGCUGUUCAGAGCGCGUGGCGUGGAACAGAACCCCGAACCGCUGACCAAUGGCGGGAUAGGAGGGGCAAGCUCCUCGUCUUCCCAGCAUUCCACACCUUCCCAUGAGUCCCAGCCCCCCUCCCCGCAUCGCCCGACGUACAUCAGAUGCCACCUGUGUCAGAAGGUGUAUGUCGAGCACCCGCGUAUUUACUGCGGAUCGUGCGACGCGUACAUGUCUCGCUUUAGACCCGGAAAAUAGGCCAUUGGCCCUACACAACAACAAGGAAUCACAACAAGGAGUAUGAAAGGAUGAUACUAUUGGCAUGUUAAGUCUGCAGUUGCUGUUACAAUUCUUCUGCUAUCUAAUUCAUCUUGCCAUGCUGCAGACGUAAGGAAUUUGGAGUGCUUCAUGACGAGUCUCUGUGGUUUAAACUUGAAGGAACAGACAAUGCAGUGCUGCAAGAAGUGUUUAACCUUGUCAUAUCUGUAAAAUACUUACGAACAACUGCUUUGUGGUCACCUUAUCGUCAUCACUUAAGAAUGCCAUCACUGCUUUAUGAACAAAGAUGCUACAAGGCAUUUUUACGUCUUGCCAACUUCUCUAUCUGGCUGCAUACAACGUUGAAGAGUCGAUGAGAUCCAAGCUGCCAUGUUGAAAUCGUUGUGUCAUAUCUUGUAAGCAUCCAUAGCAAAAUCUACAGUUCACCAGUUAUCUUAAAUACAGAUCCAAAAGGAACGAAAUACCAAGAGCACUGUGACAGCAUCACCACAUACGUAGAAAUGCCUCUGAGGGGCCACAACAGUAGCACAAUGGCCUCGAGUAUCGGUGAGAAACAUGCUUGCAAUGUGAAGCAAGUUCAAGUGACAAAUUUCAUCGUAAUGUGGUGUAACAUGUGCAGUUUGGCUCUAAGUUAAAAUGAGGUGUGUUGAACACAAAAUAUCUAAAGCAAGGCUUUCUGCAAUAAUAAUAAAUAUAGUAAGUAGUCAAACGUGUGGAAGUCACCAAAGACCAUUUCAAUACAUUAUAUAUAGCCUUAGUAUAUAUGGCAGAUUACAUGUAUGUCAGUCUGUAUAUUGUAGUUUAUGAGAUGUAAAUAGACGGUAUCCUUUCCAUACAUGGUAAUCGACGUUUCCAUAUGUGGUAAGCAUCACCUCCACAUACAUGUAUAGUUAUUACCAUUUCUAUAUAUGGUAGUCAUCCAUUAAAGGGCUUAGAGGGUUCCCACCACCAGUGAAAGUGCCUAAUUAACAAAGACAUAUUAUCUGUACGAUGAUCGUGUUAAUUAACUAGAGAUGUCCAUAUAUCCAAGAGCAUAUCUAAAGUAUAUUCAGAGAGAAAUAGACAACUAUGGUGUAGGUAACGUUAUCUUUGAAGCUUGUGAAAUGCAGAAUAUGUACUACUAAAAUGAACCGGAAGCCUUAAUACACGUGUCUGAGUCAACAGAGGACACCAGUGGAGAUAGAUAGAUAGCUGCUACAAAUGUGUCCACUGAGUACCUAGAGAAGUGAUACUGGGUGGGACCAACCAAAUCAGAGACAGAUAAACUACAGUAACAAUACAGUAAUAGCUUUAUAGACAGUAAUUAGAAGCUACUGAACAAAAAAGAUAGUAAGUAUUUACAUCAUGUGACAGUGAUCUCGUGUGUCAGUGCAAGUACAUGUAGUCCUAUUGUUGUCCCCAACAAGAACACAUUUGCCAUUCUAUCUAAUGUAUUAUAGUACUGUUUUCUAUGAUAGACUAUCCUGAGAAGUGAAGAAAGAUAUAGUCGCAGAGAAUGUUCCUGUGUGUAUACGAGGUAAAAGGUGUCAUGCGUUGUCCUCAGGUAAAGCAAGAAGGUGUCAAAUGGGUUCAGGUGCUGUGCCAUCACUUAUAUAUACUUACAUGCAAUAGUGCUAUACCACCUGUAUCUUGUCCAUUUUGUUUAUGAUUUUUGUAAAAAGAAACUAUUUAUCUCCUAGGGUAGCAUAUGAUAGUAUCAAAAGCUGGCAGAGGAGUGAAGCCGGCUUCCCCGCAGUAGCGAAACAUACUCCUAGGCCGGCCGGCUUCACUCCUCUGCCAGGUUUUGAUACUAUCUUUUGCCACCAUAGGAUCUGCUUGGAGACUAGAAACUAUAACGUUGAUGCUAGUUCACCUUUAUCCGAGCGAUAACCUAUAUCCUUUGUUUUUAAAAACAGGAUAAUUGAGGAUUUUGACAGUGGUUUCAAUUUGCAAUAAAUUGAAAAUAUUGCAAUGUGAAACCACUGUCCAUCUACUCGAUAUCCCUUCGUCCCUGAAUACCGUUUUUAAAAACAGCGGAAACAGGUUACCCCACAAAUAAAGGUGAACUAGCGUUACAUGAUUACUGUUGAUGACCUGGCGAUGUGAAUGUUGCUCUCUGAUGGCUAAAAACAUAUCCUUGUGUACCACAGUGCUGUGCAGGAUGUGAGGAAACUGACAAAUAAAAUUUCACAGAAAUUCAUACUGGUACUAGGCAUGCUAGCAUAUUACAUAGAAGUAAGCAUGCUUAAGGUGUCCUAAACUCCAGAAGGGAGUGUUAUUUUCCAAUAGAUUAUGUGUUGAUAAACUGUAUUCAGCCAUGGGCUGAGCUUGCUUAAUUUGAUUAGACAGUACUUGGUCAGUUUAGCACAAUACUGAAUACUUUUUGAUAUACGCAAGACUAGUGGGUACUUAUCGUAUAAUGUGAAGUAACAUGCAUGUUUUACUUCCUAAAAUUAAUAUCUAUCGGAAAAUUACUCUCUUGUGGAUUUUAGGACUCCUUUAAGUGCUGGUCUAGACUUGUAGACUUAUGCAGAUUUGGUCUAUUUGUUUCACAAGUUCAGGGCUAAGCAUAGAGUUGAGAUGUCUGUGUGUAUAUAAAAGGGUGCCAAAGAAAUACGAGCAAGGGAGCAAGUUGGAUGAGAGUUGGAAAGCGAUGAGAUUCUUGGGUGAAAAUCCAUGUGGUGUACCCCCCUCCCUUUACAUUUUCAAGGGGACAGUCUUCAAUGUACUAGAUCAAAAUAAAUACAGAUGUACUAAGAAAUAAGCUGCUAUAAUAGAUGGUGUCAGUAGUCACCACGUACAUGUAGUACACAACACCAGGCAUACCAAUGACUGCAAUAGGAAACAAGUUCAACUCUUCUUGUUGGAUAUUCACUGCCAAAGUAGACAAAGCCGUAGCUAUAGAUGGAAGGUGGGUGCCUCAAGGCACCGUCUUUGGUCCACUACCAGGACUACUGUGACAGUAGCUAUUAUUAAGUAAAUAGAGGCUUUGUAAUUUGUUCAGAGAAAGUUAGAUGUACAUUGUGCAAUUUCAUUUGUAUCUCAUAUUUAUCCAUUUACAUGGUGUAUUUAUAGCACUUUUAUAUGGUUCCAUUCAUGUUUGUAGUUAUUUGUCAGUUGGCGUAAGAACUAUGUGUCAUAAUCUUGCCUACAGGGCAUAAAACGACUUAUUUUUGUUACGUGUUCGACUUUGAGUUACGUUGUACUUAGUCAGCCAGUCGAGGACAUCGUCAGAAGCCUGCUCGGGAAGCUUGCUGCAUCAUCCUACACUAGUCUUCCCUGUCUUCGGUAUGAGGGAAAUAUGUAGGGUAGAAAGAUUUCUUUAUGGGUUGGUAUAAGAGCAACGGUAUGCAUUACUCUGGCUGUGAAGCAAUAGAAGUUCAACUGUAAUAAAGUGAAGUGUUUUUCCA